GGGUGUUGCAGUCGGUCCCUUGACCCGUCCGCCUGUAUGGAGGAUGUAGUCCUGCACUAUCAGCCUGGAUCAGCUGAUGAGCUCGGCUCGCUGUUGGAGACCACGCAGAAGCUCCUGGAGCCGUUCCCUCUCCGUGCUCCUCCGGCCUUCACACCGUGGUUCCCCACGCUCACCGGAGACCGCCCUCUGCCCAUCAGACCUGCGACACCAGCUCCUGUCGUCACGUGUUUGGAUGAUUCCCCAGCAGCAGAGGUGAGACCCAGAGAUGGUGACCCAGAAACCCACUGCGAUCUCCACCCUGUGUCUCAUAACAACAGACCUAAGAAGCAGCCACACAAGGACAAAGAUGGUGCCCUUUGCACCAGCUCGGAGGUCAGGCGGAGCAGGUGGAGCGUCUUCACGCAGAGAGGCGUCCUGCAGCAGAGCUCGCAGUCGCUGUCCAAACAGUUUCACCACGCCGUCUCCGUCCACGGGCUCCACCUCCGCCAGAGGGCCAAGUGGGUGAUCGGUGAGCUGAACUGCGGAGCAGCGAGAGACAUCGAGGAGGUGUGGCGGACUCUGAGCCGCUCGGCGCGAACUUCCUGCCUGCCGUCGUGUAAUGCCAACAUCCAGCGCGAGCGCGGCGAGAUCUGGGUGUUCUGCGACGUACUGCACUCCGAGCAGGUGGGGUGCUUCCUGAAGGAGGAGCUGCGGCUGUCGGGGAGGAUCGGCCUGUCGGUGCGCCGGCUAGGAAACGUCUUCAGCAUGUAGAGCGCCCCCUGCUGCACUUCUUUGGGUUUCUGCAGACGUCGCAGCUUAGACGGAGGCUGUGAUGACGUCUGCGGGGGCAGCUUCAGUCUUAUUCUUUGUCACUGUGGUUUAACCUGCAGCUGGGCCCGGCCGGCAUCAGUGUGAGUCACAGUGUGAGUCCUGACAAACACCAGUCUGAUAAUAAUCAGCACAAUAAAAGUGAUAAAAGGAAAAAACAGUGAGAGUGAAACGAUCAGACCCACUCAGGGAGACGCGCUGUGUUACAGGAAGCUUUCUGCCAUAGUUAACAUUCUUGUUUUAGAGAUGCAGACAUAAUCCAGCUGAUGUUUAUCAGCUGUUCACAUCAGGUUGUAGCUGGAAACUGUUGAUGAAGACGAAGAAGCUCCAGAUGUUUGUCUUCAGUCUCCAGUUCGGCAAAACCAAAAAUCUGGCCAAGAAAAAUCAAGUUAACAUUCUGCUCUGUCUUCAAAUAAACCAGAGUCCAUUAACAAAAACCUCACAGAGCACAUUAAAAAGAACAGUUAGUGUUACAGAGUGCACGCUCAGAGCGAGGCUGUGUGAUAGUGAAUGAAAUAUGAUCAUCAAACAGCAAAUCCACGCUGCCAUUUAUCCACUGUUCAGGCUUUCUCUGAAGUAAACAAGGCAAAUAUUCAUCAAGUUUUCUGCCAUACUGGCUUUAUGAGAAGAUCAAACCCAGUUUCCACCAGUAAGCCUGAUCUGUGUGAAACAGUGUUACAGCUGUGCACUGUUAACUCUCAGCGCUGCUCUGCGUCCACACAGGAUGUAAAAAUAUAUCUAAGUUAAGCUAAAGCUGUUUUUCCUCUUCAUCAAAUGCUUCAAGGGCAGAAAUCCAUUUAUAUUUUAUUCAAAUCUACUGAACUAUUCAUGAGCUGGGGGGGAGGGGGGUGCUCCAGUUGGAUUUGUGUGUUGUGUCUGUGUGUGUGUGUUUGUAAAGUGUUUUCAUACUGACGUUUGUCAUCCUUCCCUGAUGCCAAUAAAGCUUUUUUAUAUUUGUAA